AGGGAGCAGUCAUUGCAUUUGUUUGCUGACGACAGAAGGCCAUCACAAUGUUGCUGAAGCUGAAACAGGAAAAUCCGAGAAUUUCUCUGGAGCAACAUGACUACAGGAUGAAUUGAAAAUACAGCGGUUGUCUAAAAAAAGUGAUCAUGUCUUUGAACAAAUUAUGGUUUUUACCAUUCACGGAGUUUACUCUGCCUCCAAGUCUAAGAGUUACCUCCCCUGCCCGUGUGACCACCAUCAGUAUCCUAGCAGUGAUUGGAUUGAUUGUUUACUACCGCCGAUGGAAGGAUAAAAGGAAAAAUAAAUCUCGAAAAGAAGAAAGCAGGGAACAGAAUGAAUCUUCUUACAAAUCUUCAUAUUCAAAUAGCCCUAACGGAGAUGUCCUGAUGGGCCGCUUGAGAAGAGCUGACAGUCCAAGUGGGAGCUCUAAUCGCUCUUUGUCCUUAUUACGGACCAAGUCUCUAUCAGGAUCCACCUCAAGUCUGGGAGCUGUAUCCACCACCUCGACCAUCACCCAUCCUGUGGUGGACACUACCAACUAUGGGCCGGUACAGCUAUGUUCUCUAGGGUUUGAAACCCUGCAGCUGUCUGUCAAGUACUGGGAAGAUGCUAUGGUGAAGUUACAGAGUCCUGAUGAUUCAAGUAUACCAACAGCCAUAUUGGAUCCUGACAAUAUUGCCCUUCAUAAUCAACUCGACAAACUCCUGGAGAACGCGUACAGACUGAUUGACAGUUAUGAACACCAGUGUGAGCGUCAGUCAGAUCGUGUGGCCUUUGACACUGCCAUUGCUGCAUUCACGGAGGUGGACAGGAUGUCUGAGAGAAGGAGCUUGGAUGCCACAUCCAGCAGUGACCAGGAGUCUUUUGUGUCGGCCACUGAUAUGGCCAACUUGUCUGACUUGGAGACCCACAGAGAAAUGUUUCACCACCUACCAUUGUAUGAAGCUGGUCUCCUGGAGCUAAAACAUGGCUCUAUCACUUGUAGAACUCUGAGGACAGAGAUGACACAGUGUAUGUCGGACACAGAGUUCCUGGCCAAGCUUCACUGUAUCAGACUAGCUCUGGAUGUGGUAUUCCAGAACCAAGAAAAUAGGAGGUACUUUCAUCAAAUGGGUCAGCAGAUUUUGGGAAGUUUCCUGAUAAAAGCUGAUAGAGACGCUGAUGACUUCAAUCAGGCCUUUGCUAACAUGAUGGACUUUGUUGGAGAUGUAGGUAACUGGGGCACCAUUGAGGAGGAGCUGAGAGGACGAGGGGUAAAAUGUUUCUCCUUUUAUGACAUUGUCCUUGAUUUUAUCCUGAUGGACGCAUUUGAUGACCUUGCCAAUCCUCCAUCGUCUGUCAUCACUGUGGUACAGAAUCGCUGGCUGUCAAAUGGCUUUAAAGAAACGGCUCUAGCGACGGCUGUUUGGUCAGUGUUAAAGGCCAAACGACGGUUACUGAAGUUUUCAGACGGGUUUAUAUCAAAGUUUUACUCCAUAACGGAGCACACCAGUCCAGUAUUGGCGUGGGGCUUUCUGGGACCAGAGUCGGAACUCAAAGAUCUGUGUUACUGUUUCAAAGAUCUGGUUUUAGGAUUGAUAAGAGACAUUUUUAGUUUUGAGAAAUCUCGUUAUACGACUGUUGAAGCUUUGGGUGAAGACAUAGUAAAGUCGACAAGACAGCGUAUGGAGGAUGCUUCCAAGUUGUUAGCGUAAAGAUGACCACAUCAUCAACAUGUCUGUGAUACUUGUUUACACACUGUCUACACACUGUCUACACAACACUGACGAAUCAGAAAAUUAUAGUCCAGAUAUUAUAGCAUGUCCAGAUAUUAUAGCAUGUCCAGAUAUUAUAGCAUGUCCAGAUAUUAUAGCAUUUAACCUCCUUGAAAAUAUAAUGGGAGGUGUUCACCAUUAGAUCUGGAACACGUUGGUCAAUACAUCUUAAUGUAAAUGGCAUUUCCUCGAAGUGGUGCACUCACAUACAACAAUUUAAUAAACUUUCAAGCUUUAGUUAACCUUAUUUUUAAAUUAUAGUUGCAGAAAUGGGCAUAUCGCUUGAUGUGUAUUUACAUUUAGAUUCACAUCAGCCCCACCAACCAGUUUGCUUCUAUCUCAUAUAGAUAGUUUGUCAUUGCAAUGAUUCUCAUUCAAUUUUUUGGGUAAAUUUAAGAUGAACUUUUGCUGUCUCUUGGUAUACUUUUGAUUUUCUAUACUCACUGGUUCACAAGAGUUAGGCAUUACACUUGGUAUUACAUAAUUGGUCAAGUAUAUGAUUUCAAUUAUUUUCUAGAUUUAAAAAGGAGUGGAAAAACAUUUUUUCCUCAUUUAAGUAAGAGAUGUUGGAUGUUUUUCUGUUAUAAUAUUAAUAUCAAUCACUGUAUAAAAAACCUUUUGUGAUUUGUUUUAUGCUUGGGCACUAAAUGCCUACACCUAAACUAAUAGGGCUCAUAAAAUGAAUUGCAGCUUAGCCUCCUUAUAUACAUAUGUGCUGAAGCCAUUGUAAUCAUGAUAAAACUUUCAAAUGAAUUCCUGUAUUUGGUAUUUGCAUUCUUGUUGAUGGUGUAUAGGGUUAAGAAAUGUUUAUUUUUUUUGUCAAAUUCUAACUUUAACAAAUCAUUCAACGAGGCACCGUUCUUGUCUGAUUUAAAAUUUUAAUGAAGUCAGACCUUAGUAAUUUGGGGACUUACAUUUACCCCAAAAAUGUAUCCAACUGCUAGGCCUUUUAUUUAUUAUGUAUAUGUGUUAAUUUUAAUGAUUCAUAAAAACGGCAGUAAGGGUAAGAAAUUAGGAGGCAAAGUACAAUCUUCAGUAAAAGUUAUAGACUGGGAAUUCUUCCUCCACAUUGCAUGUUCUACAAUCCUUUGGUUAAAUAAUGUAUUUGAUCCAUAUGUCAACUGAAGGCAGUAUUUGUAGAGGCAAAAUCUUUCAGACUAUUUAAGUUUAAUAUUCUGGCCUUGAAAAUCAUUGCCAUGUUGUUAUUAUUAGACAUCAGAUCACUAGGAUUGUCCCUAUUUUUAGCUCACCGGGUCCGAAGGACCAAGGUGAGCUCAUGCCAUACCGUGGCAUCCGUCGUAUGUACGUCAACAAUUUCUUCAAACGAUUCUUCUUCUUAACCACUGAUUGGAAUUUAACUAAAUUUGACUGGAAAUAUCCCUAGGUGGUGGGGAUUCCAAAUUGUACAAAUGGUGGGGCUGACCCCCCAGGAAUCUGAGGGGCGGGGGCAAAAGGAGUCAAUUAGGCUAUAUUGCUUUAAACGACUUCUUUUCUGGAACUAAGAGAUGGAUAUCAACCAUAUUUGACUGAAAACAUCCCUAGGUGGUGGGGAUUCCAAAUUGUACAAAUAGUCGGGCUGACCCCCCAGGUGGCCGAAGGGCGGGCCAAAAAGGUUUAUUUGGCUAUAUUGCUUUAAGCAACUUCUUCUUUGGGACUAAGAGAUGGAUAUCAACCUUAUUUGACUGGAAGCUUCCUUAGGUAGUGGGAAUUCAGAAUUGUACAGAUAUGGUUGGGCUGACUUCCCAGGGGGCCGAGGGGCGGGGCCAAAAAGGAUUAUUUGGCUAUUAGUUAUUACUUGAAAUGGUUGAGAUCCCCACCCUAUAACCAUAUAUAUAAAUGCUGA